GUACAUGCACGCGCCAAUCUUGGCAUGGCGUUCCACAGUUCCGUGCAUACAUCCAAGAGAACAACUGAACCAUCGAGCAACCGAUUCAGCAAUCAGCCAGUCUUUCUUUCGCCAGUCGUUCUUUCAACAUCUACACUCUUUACCGAUCAACAAUGAAGGCUUCUGUCUUCGCCGUCCUCUCUAUCGCCGCUCUGGCAUUCGUCCGUGCCGAGACGCCCGCCUGUGUAUUGUCCUGUGUCAACACAACCUCUGCCUCUGCAACCGGCAUUUCCGCCGCUGCCUCUUCCACCUGGUGCAUUGAUUGUUGCCUAAACGUACUGAGAAGGAUGGAUUUGGGGGGUGGACAAUGCAUUCUGAGGACUCAUCACAUUUCGUCUCUUUUACUGGUAUUGAGGACAUUUGAGAAGUAGAUUAGACAGUGCCUCUGGCAUGCAAUAUACUACUUCAUCACAAUUGCGGUGAGCUCAAGAAUCUAAGUGCC